AUGCCGAAGAAAGGUAAAGUCAACAAGUUAGCGCGUAUGUCGGACGAGGAGCGUGCGCGCUAUCUACAGCAUCGGGCGGACGUCGAAGAGGAGGCCAGACGCAGGAAGCGAGAACUCAUCGCUAGAUUCAUUAAGAAUAAAUUGGACAAAGAAGAAGUCUACGCAAGAAUAAAUACAGCGAAGAUAAAUCAAGAAUGGCGGUAUAUUUUACGCAAAAUAAAGUGCAAGCAGAUGGCAUCAGACAUACAGGGUCUCAUCACAAGCUUCAACUUUUUGGUGGAACGAAAAAAUCGCCUUUUAAAUUCGUUGAUGGAAGCCAUCGAUGACUCGGAUGAACAACAUCGCCGUGCUUUCCAGGCCCACACGGAAACAUUAAGCUAUUUUCUUAAUAUUGGCUCACAGAGACUUGAUAAACUACAAGUCGAAUAUGAACAUCAAAAGAACGAUUUUCUCGAAAACUGGGAUAAAGAAGAAAUAGACAUUACUGAUAAUCAAGAUAGAGCCGAGUUUAAAUUAACUCUAAUCACUUAUAUACAAGAUCGAGAUUUUAAGAGUCUGAAGAAAGAAAAAGAGAUACAAAGUGCUACGGAGAAAAAUGAUUCUAGACUUGAGCAUGAAGAAGAAAUGCGUCAGCUUUGUAAGCCAAAGCAAUUAGAGAUAGAUAUGUACUGGUCAAAACUACGUGAGGUCUACGACAUUUAUCUUGAGAAACACAAUCCAAUCAUGAGUCACUACAACGCACUUCGAGAGAAGGACGAUUUUUAUCAAAGAGAUAUAGCAAGAAAUGACAUACAAAUUCAACAGGCUACAGAAAUUCUAACGACUCUCCAAAAAGAAUGGGUAAGAACAACAACCACAAUGAGCUGUAAGUUAAAUCGUAUGAAUACCAAAAAAGAAGAACUUGCAAAGAAAUACUGGCUAAUGAAAAAGGAAACCAAGACAGCUAAGGCUAAAGAAGACGAGAUGCUGUCUGUUUUAGUCGAUGCUAGUCAAGAUGCUAUAAAGCGUCUCGAGAAUGUUGAAACAAUGUUGCAAAAAAUUAAGCAAUUGGCUGAUAUUUGCGGCAAAUAUGAAACAGACAAGGACCACAUAUUCCUCGAAGAUGUAGAAGAUGAUAUAACAUCAGCUGACUUCGAAACACUAGACAAUGAUAUGAUUGAGCAAUGUAAGGAAUUCAAGAAAAUGGACAAAUUCCUGCUGAAAAUGAACAGAGUAAAGGUUCAGACAAUGUGCCUUAAAACAGAAAGAGCUAAAUUGGCAAAGGAAAAUAUUCAACUAAAACAAUACAUCAAAAGAUAUCUCACAGAAUUAGCCCUUAAAGGUGGAAAAGACCGGCCCCUUAGUGUUAAGUGCCAAAGCGAGCCAAAGAUAGAAGUCAAUGGAAAAUUAUUGAAUCGCCCAGUGACCUGCAUAGAAGGAGCACUGUCGAAUGCAGUAAUGCAUGAACAACGUUUGAAGUUACAAGAAAAGAAAAAAAGGGAAUUGGGAAGUGUGAGAGCAUAUCCUCGGGUUCAUUGCUGGUAG